UUAAACCGGAAGUGACCUCAGCUGUUGUGACUCUCUCGCCUUGCCUACCAUUUCCUUGUACCAGUUAACUGUAAUUUUACCCUUACAAAAUUACUGGAUGGAAAUUUUGCCACAGGAGCUCGACAGUGUGUUGUUAAAGUGUGUUGUUGAAUUGUGUUGUUGUUGUUAAUAACGGAAAUGGCUGCUGCGGUGUUACAGACGCGGAUAACCGCCAUAUUGGACGUGUUAACGAAAGCAGCAGUGGCGGAGAUUAGCCAGCUCAUUCAGGACGACAGCGCUGUGUAUCAGCGGGAAAUGAAACGGAGAGAGGAUGAGAUUGAGGGACUGAAGAAGCGGCUACAGGUCACCGAGAAAGAGCUGAAGAAAGUGCAGGCUACCGUGUUAGCCAGGUGUUCAGUCGGUGUUCAGGUCGAAAUGCUGGCUACAGAUUUGAUGGCAUGCAGAAAAGAAUCACUACCUGGGAACCAUGUGGAAACAUUCCAAAUGAGUUCAGCACAAGAGCUCAAAGAAGAGAAACCACAGCUUCCUGACAAAACACAAAACGUCACAAAAGAGCCCAGAGCUCCACCAGAACCGGCAAAGCAAAGAGAUCCAAGGUGUGAUGAAGAUGAGUUCAGCAGCCUGGAAUUUGAAAUGAAAAUUGAGCAGGUGGAAGAGCUUGUGGAUCAGGAACUGAGCCUUUCAAGAGCAGAUUACAGCAUGGCAGAUCCGAACAUGAGCUCUGAGCACAAAAUGGCCCCGAGAGACACACAUUUGUGGCCGUCCAUGGAAGACAACGCAGCAAAUGAGUUCUCCGUUCCUGAUGGCUGUAUCGGGUUAGAGCAGUAUGAACAGAUUCCCACAGACCAGUGUCUGGCCCAGGUGAUGAAGGAUCCUCUGAACUUGCAUCCUGACAACACAUCCAAUAAACACAUCGAUUCAUUUGGUUCUGCACAUAUUAGGAUUGACAGAGAAAUGCACUUUGAGGGCAACAUUACAAAAGACUCUGAAUAUGGACAGAUUAGAGACAAUUUGAGUCACGUCAAAGCAUCAAGGCCACCAAACAGCCACAAGCACAGACACUCAUUCAGUGCAGUGCCACGCUCACAUGCACAUUUAUCCACUAGUACUUUCUCAAUGCCGGACAUGGCUCCUGUGCGGCAAAACACACAGGCCAGCCAUGUCGGGUCGAAGCCCUUUCGUUGUGAGGAAUGCGGUAAAGGCUUUACUCAGAGGAUGAGACUGAUCACACACAAGCGAAUACACACGGGUGAGAAGCCAUACCACUGCCAGCUCUGUGGCAAGAUGUUUUCAAGGCAGGACAACUGCCUCAGGCAUGUACGUCUACACAGUGCACAAGGGUGGUAAAGAAGCUCCUUUGAUUGUUGGACUGUAUUUCUAAUAAUUAUGAGUAGUGUGAGGAGAAGACAUCUUUACUUCCUGUCCUGUAGACCAUCACACACAAUUAUCAUAUAUCUAGCGGACAGAAAGUCUCUGGUGUCCUCCAGUGGCUGGCUCUGGUCCAGUUUUUACCAUGACCACAACUAGGUUUUAAUCUUUUCCCCAUUGUUGGAUUUUGUGCUUGAUCUUUGUGUGUUUUUAUUCUCUGUUUCAAAUAGAUAUUAUGUAUGUUUAAAAAAAAAAAAAAACACAUAUAAAACUAAAGCAUAUCUAAGACAACUAAAAUCAAAUCUGGUGGAUGUAAGAUUUAGGAAUGACAUACCCCUUGAUAAAACAAUGCUAAUGUGAUCUACUUGGAGAAGAACAUUUUGUGCGUUGUGUUACACCCUUCAUACAGUGUGAAGUCUUGCAGGACACAUUCAGGAGGAAUGCAGGGCAGUGUCCAAAUCCACAUUAUACAUACUACAUAGGACAUCAUUGAUGUACUGACAUAAUAUUUUGUAUUUUAUAUGUAGCAGGGUUUCUCAAUUUUUUUUUUGCAGCCAGGGACUUGCAUAGACCCUGCUGUACAAUAAUAUGUUUGAUAUUUAUUGGAGCUUUUUAUUCUUGAACUCUCCACCAUCACAAACAUUAGGUCCAAGUUGAAAUUAUUCAUAGGCAUACUUGUUUUUUUUAUUAUUCAGUUAUUAAAGUGAUCAACAGUAA